AUGCCUCGGGGCCAGAAGAGCAAGCGCCGUGCCCGCGAGAAACGCCACCAGGCCUGGGCGGAGACUCGGAGUCUCAAGGGUGCCCAGGCCACUGAGGAGUCGGUGGCGGCGGCGGCAGCAGCAGCGGCGGCAGAAGAGAUAGAAGAGUCACCCUCCUCCCCCGCUUCUGUUUCUCGGGGUACUCCCCCGAGCCCCCCUGCUGCUGACACUCGCCAGGAGCCUCAGGGAGCCCCAGCCACUACCUCUCGUGAUGAAGGGGUUUCAUGCCCAGGAUCUGAAGAGGGUGCCCAGAGCCAAGAUGAGAAAAGUGCAGGUACCUCCCAGGCAGCACCUUCCAUUCACAGCUGUUGCAGAGAUCUUCUGAUCAGGAAGUCCACAAUGUUGGUGCACUUCCUGCUGGAGAAGUACAAGACGAAGGAGCCCAUCCCGCAGGCAGCACUGCUGAAGGCUAUCAACAGGAAGUACGAUAAACACUUCCCUGAGAUCCUCAGCAGAGCCUCUGAGGUCAUGGAGCUGGUCUUUGGCCUCGAGCUGAAGGAAGUCGACCCCAGCAAUCACUCCUACGCCCUCAUCAGCAAGAUGGCCCUCCCCAGCGAGGGAAGUCCGAGUGAUGAGUCGGGGCCGCCCACGUCCGGUCUCCUGAUGGUUCUCCUGGGCCUGAUCUUCAAGAAGGGCAACCGUGCCACCGAGGAGGAGAUCUGGGAAUUCCUCAGUGCGUUGGGUUUGUAUGCUGGGAGGAGGCACUUGAUCUUUGGGGAGCCCAGGAGGCUCAUCAGCAAAGAUUUCGUGCAGCAGAAGUACCUGACGUACCGCCAGGUGCCCAACAGCGAUCCUCCGCGCUAUGAGUUCCUGUGGGGCCCGAGAGCCCACGCUGAAACCAGCAAGAUGAAAGUGCUGGAGUUUAUGGCCAAGUCCACCGGUACCGUCCCCAGUGCCUUCCCAGAUCUCUAUGAGGAGGCUCUGAAAGAUGAGGGAGAGAGAGCAGCAGUGAGAGCCGCGGCCAGGGCUGCAGCUGUUGCUGAGGGCAGAGCCCCUUCCAGGGCCAAGGCCCGCAGCUCCUCCCACAUGUAGGGAGGGAGGCCGCGGGCAGUUUGCUCACUUUGUUUUGGAAGAGAGCAGUCAGGCUCCUAAAUAGUGCAGAGUAGUAGGGGUGGAGGGAACAAAGUAUAGAUCUUAUUUAUCUUCCUGUUUUAAACUAGUAACUUCUAUAUAUUAU